AUGCCGUGGACAGUUACAAAUUCAUUCAAGAGAGGCCUCAUGAAAACUUACGGAAGACCGACAUGGCGCGUCUAUGACGAUGAGCGCGCCGCGAAAAAAAGACGCGUGGAUGAUUCCGAUGAAGCAGAGGCCAACCUUCAAUAUGCCAUCCGCGAGUCAUCAGCCGCCGUACUGUCGAGUCCGUCGCGUCGGAAUUCCCUCGUGUUGUCGGAAGGCACGCUCGACGAUAUUGACGAUCUCACCACACCACCAUCGUCGCCACCACCACGUUUAAGUCCGCCGCCAGCAAAUACGCGCAAGCCGACCUUUGCCUUUCUCAAGCGCAAGCACAAGGAUGCGCCGACCGGAUCGCCCUUGACCGAAGUCAACUCAAACAGUGUGCGCUCGUCCGUGGACGCGCCCAAGCAAAAGGGCAAGAAGCAGGUCAUGCGCCAGAUGCAGAUCGAUCUCGGAAAUGACACGCGAAAGACUUGUGCUACCUGCGGCAUGGAAUAUAUCCCGUCUAACACAGAGGACGCGGCGUUGCAUAAGAAGUUCCACGAGAUGAAUGCGACUGGAAUCGACCUGGGCAAGGCAUUUAUGCGCGCGAACGCGUCGCGCUGGGUUUACGAAGCGACGCGAUUCGAAGAGGGUUAUGUGGUAAUAGUCGAUCGCAAGGCGUCCCCCAGUGCGAAGAGCCAAGCAAAGAAGGUGCUCGAGGUGGUCAGUAAGGAGCUCUCAUCGCCCGAGAUUGAUGACGAGACUCUGUGGAGCCAAACGGAACCACCCAAACAUUUGAAGGAUGCUUCGACCGAGAAAGUAGACCGAUACCGGGUCUUUCUGCAUAUGAAGGAUAGCCGCUGUGUCGGAGUCUGUCUGACCGAGCGCAUCUGGGAAUCGCGACCGGUGGCGAAGGAAGGCGCGCCUGACGGCUCCUCUGUCUCGACACUAAAUGAAACUCAUCCGGCGAUCGUCGGAGUCUCUCGCAUCUGGACCUCUGGGUCUUCGCGACGAAAGGGCAUCGCUCUUGAUCUCCUUGACUGCGUGGUUAUCAACUUUAUUUACGGCAUGGAAAUUCCCAAAGCACAAAUUGCAUUCAGCCAGCCCACGGAGAGUGGCAAGCGCCUGGCACAUAAGUUUUUCGAAGAUGAAGAGACAUGGCAUGUCUAUAACGAGCUGUGA